ACAGCAGCCUCGUGUCAGUUGAUUUACGUGUGCUCGGUCGUCAAUAUUCUGAGAUUAUGCGGUAAUAUAAUAAAAGUAUGUCCUCAAAAUUACAGGGGAAAAAAAAGGAAAAUAAAAAAGACAUAGCAGCAUCGCCACCAUAUAUCACCUACCCAAAAAGACAGCCAUGAUCCCAACAAUAUAUCCAUCAACAUAUUUUAUACAUACAUACAUCACCACACCAUAGCAGCCGCCACCGGGAAGCUGACGUCACUACCACCACCAUUAUGGGCGCUGCAGAACCUGUGGUAGAGAGAGAGAGUGAGAGGAGAGAGGAGGAGGAGGAGGGAAAUGAGAGGAAAGAAGAGGGGGGAGAUGUGGACAAAGGAGAAGUGUUGGGUGUCCAAGAAAAGGUGAUAGACAGCAGUAACUUUGAUGUAAAUAACCAGUUUGGAGGUUCUCAUGUGGCAAUGAUGCAAAGGUUGAACCCAACAAACCCUUUGAGGAUUGUCAUCGGUGGUUCUUCCAGAAUGCCCACUCCUUCUCCUUCUCAGACUUCUCUGCCUCGUUCUGCACCAAUCCGACAAACUUCUCUGCCUCGUUCUGCACCAAUCCCUCAACCAUCACAAACAACAUUGAAUUCAAGAAGAUACACCAACAAAAUAUCUCUGUUUCUGUUUGUCUUUCACAUGGUUGCCGCUGUUGGGCUAGUAUCUUUCCUUAUAUUCAAGGGAAUUCAAGGACUAAUAGAAGCUUCAGAGAGUUUUAAAAGGAAAGAGAGGAGGAUAUUGAAGUUUUACCUCCCACAAGUUGAAACAGCAUCUCUAUUAAGCAUUACUCUUGCGUUUGUAUGGCAAAAGGCGGUUAGACAAUGGCCCAGGAUCAUGGUUCCCUUCAUAUUGUGGAGCUCUUUUAUCUUGUCGUUAUCAGCCGGAAUUCUUUUAAUUUGCUUCCAAAGGGCUUCUACCGAUGGUGUUGGAGUUUGUCUUAUUGCUUUCGCAAUUGGCAAUGGCUUAUAUGCUUGUUGGGUUACCCAGAGAAUUGGAUUUUGCACCGAGAUUUUGAUUAAAUCGCUUGAACCGGUUCCAAAAUUCGGUGAUUUGAACCAACCCACUUAUUGGAUGCUUGGAGUUGGAUUCUUGUGGAUGUCUUUGUGGAUUUUAGCUGUAAUUGGAGCCAUGAAUUUCUACUUUACUCCUUUGGUAAUUACUGUAUUGGUUUUAAGCUUGGCUUGGACUGCAGAAGUUAUGAGGAACAUCGUUAAUUUGACUGUUAGUAGGGUGAUCGCUCUAUAUUAUCUUCGAGGAAUGCAAUCUAUCCCUCAGAAUUGUUUCCAAAGAGCUUUUACUCAGAACCUUGGAAGUGCUUGUUUGGGGUCUCUUUUUGUGCCUACUAUUGAAGCACUGAGAGUUGUUGUUCGGGGUUUGAAUUUGCUAGAGGGAGAGGAUGAAUUCAUGUUUUCUUGUGCUCAUUGCUGUCUUAAUGUUAUGCAGUCUAUCUUCAGAUAUGGCAACAGCUGGGCCUUUGUACAGGUAGCCACAUAUGGAAAAGGAUUUGUGCAGGCGUCACAAGACACCUGGCAACUAUUUGUAAGACAAGGAAUGGAAUCCAUUGUCGACUCGGACAUAACCAGCUCGAUUUGCUUCCUCACAGGUGUAUGCAGUGGAUCCAUUUGCGUUAUUGUUGUGGCUGCUUGGACUGCCAGAGUGCAUCAAACCUUCACUGCUACUCUCUCGCUCCUGUCCUUUUUCAUUGGAUACCUCAUGACCAGGAUUGCCAUGGCAGUGCCGCAUGCCUGUGUGAGCUGUUACUAUGUUUGCUACGCAGAAAAUCCUAGCAACAUAUUGUUUGAUAAAACCAUCCAGGAUCAUCAAAGGAUGAUGGCCGAUCGCGGUGUUGCCGCGGCCACGCCUCGAGUGCCCCGUAGAUUUUCAGCAGCUGAGGCAUGAUAUCUUCCCCAAGAAGUUAAGGAAUUUUGUGGUCGCAGCCUGAUCGCAUACUUUCAGAAAUGUACCAUUCCCUUGGUCACUUUUAGGGGUUGGGGGUCCAAGGACUUGGCUCGAGCCAGUUAAACUUGAGGUGAUCUGUCGACUUGAAUGGCUGAGUUGCUGGUGCUGGUGCUGGUGCUGGUGAAUAUGAAAGCUCAAAUACUCUUUUAUUGGGUGUUCCUGAAUUGUGGAGAGCCCACUGGGAUUCCAAAUCAACAAGGCUACCAAUGAAAAUUGUCUUCUUGGUCUUGUCCUUUGCAUAUACUUUUAGGAUAUUCCAUGGAAGUAAUAAUUGAUAAAAGCUUCACCAUUAUUUAAUCACUAA